GCUUCUUUCAACAGCAGCAACAGGUCGUCAGUCACCUCGGUAGCUUGCUGGACAAAAUAGCCGAACCAAUAAAGCUCUUUAGACGCUUUCGUGUAUAUUAGCCACUGUGUUAAACCUGUUUCUGUCGUCUAACGUUAGUAAGUUAUUCCAUUUAAUUUCACAUUACGGUGUUGUGGUUAUUGGCCAGCUAACGGGCUUGUUAAGUUAGCAUUAGCCUAGCUAGCUAACAUCCCCGAACAUGAGUUCACUAAGCUACUCUCCUGCUGCUACAGAAGAGGAGGUCUGCUGGACUGAGAAAGAAGUUCUCGUGAAAGAGGAGGACGAAGAGGAGGCUGUUACAAUACAAAAACAAGUAGAGGAUGAGGCUGUUACCGUGAAAGAAGAAGAGAAAGACGUUAUAGUGAAAGAAGAGGAAGAUGCGUUCAGAGUGAAAGAGGAGAAGGAUGUUACAGUAAAAGAAGAGGAGGAUGCAGUUUUUGGAGUGAAAGAGGAGGAGGAGGAGAUCACUGUCACAUCGAAAAAGGAGGAGGAGGAAACUGGAUAUCUGGGACCGGUUUCCCAAAGGCAACUUAAGGCGUCCAAUGGUUCAAAUGAUGAACAUAGCAGUAAGAUGGUUUUGAGAAACCGGUCCCUGAUUAACACAAGAGAGAGACGUGACUAUCGUGGAUCCUCUGGGGAGCCUCAACAACACCAUGAAGCUGCUGAGGCAGACAAGAAUCUCUCCACAUCAGAACAGCUCAAGAAACACCAACGGAAACCCACACGAAAGAAUUCUCACUGCUGCUCUGACUGUGGGAAGAGUUACUCAAGAUCACUAAAAGUACACCAGAGAAUUCACACUGGUGAUACAUCUCACCACUGCUCUGACUGUGGGAAGAGAUUCACCUCUUCAGCAGACCUCAAAAGACAUCAGAGAAUCCAUACAGGAGAGAAACGUAAUAGCUGUGAUCAAUGUGGGAAGAGUUUUAAUGCUCCAUGCAGCUUGAAAACACACCAGAGAACACACACAGGAAAGAAAUCUUAUAGCUGCUCUGACUGUGGGAAGACCUUUUCAAAAUUAUAUACAUUACAAUCACACCAGAGAAUUCACACUGGAGAGAAACCUCAUAGCUGUGAGCAAUGUGGGAAGAGUUUUACUACAUCUAGCCAUCUGACUAUACACCAGAGAACACACACAGGAGAGAAACCUUAUAGCUGCACUGACUGUGGGAAGACAUUUUCAAAAUUAUAUACAUUACAAUCACACCAGAGAAUUCACACUGGAGAGAAACCUCAUAGCUGUGAGCAAUGUGGGAAGAGUUUUACUACAUCUAGCAAUCUGACUAUACACCAGAGAACACACACAGGAGAGAAACCUUAUAGCUGCACUGACUGUGGAAAGAGUUUUGUUACAUCUAGCAUUCUGACUAUUCACCAGAGAACACACACAGGAGAGAAACCUUAUAGCUGUAAUCAAUGUGGGAAGAGUUUUGUUACAUCCAGCAAUCUGACUAUUCACCAGAGAACACACACAGGAGAGAAACCUUAUAGCUGUAAUCAAUGUGGAAAGUGUUUUGCUCAUGCAGGCAACCUGGUAGCACACCUGAGAAUACACACUGGAGAGAAACCUUAUAGCUGUGAUCAAUGUGGGAAGAAUUUUGUUUCAUCUAGCCAUCUGACUACACACCUGAGAACACACGGGAGAGAAACCUUAUAGCUGUAAUCAAUGUGGGAAGAGUUACUCUGAUAAAAGAUCUCUGAUUAAAAACAUCAGAAAAUACAUGAAGGAGUUGUUUCAUGAUAUCAAUGAAAUAAUGUCACAAUGUAGAAUGUUUUAACAUCACAGAAGGAGUAUUUUAAUUAAUAUCACAAUGUACAAUGUUUUUAAAAUUGUAGUAAUGUAACCUUUAUUUAACUAGGCAAGUCAGUUAAGAACAAAGUCUUAUUUACAAUAGCACAAUGUCAUUAAAAAGACGUUGAAAAGAAGACCAUACCCGACAUCCAAUAUGGUUUUGGUUGAAAGUGAAAGUUGAAAAGACCUCUUCUUCUGGUCAUUGUGAGUUUAAAACAACUUAAUUUCAACGUACUUGCAGCCUAUACACAUGAACUAUCAGAAAUUGGUCUAUGAACAAUUUUAUUGACAGUCACAUCACUCCAGUAUUUACACACAGCAUUUCCUUACAACAUUCUAGUGCUAAUUGUCUUUAUUCCACUACUGAAGAAGCAUGACUCAAAUCACCUCAUAUUUCAAACAUCCAGCCUGACAAAAGAUACGUUUUUAAUUAUUACAUGCCUCACCACUAAGUGAAUUAUUGCCAAUACUAAUAACCAAUAAAUAUUAACACAUUGGUGUACAUUUGGUUUUGAUACUUCAUAUUUUACAUUUCAUGUAACAUUUUCAACCAACUGACAAUUUUUUUGGUACAAUUAUAUUGUUUACUAAUAAGCUUAUAUUUCUGGUUGGAUAUUACAUUCUAUUUUUACUGUUUUAAUCAAUGGCCUUUCCUCAGAAUGCUCAUUAGUCUUUCAGUUUGUUAUUCUGUUGUUUUAAUCCUCUUAUGUUUGUUGUAAAUAUUAAAGUUUUUAUUUUCA